AUGAGCGAGGAGAUCGACAAGCACGUGCUGCGGAAGUAUGAGAUACAGCAGAAGCUGGGCAAGGGGGCCUACGGCAUCGUGUGGAGGGCGGUAGACCGCCGCACGCGGGCGACGGUCGCCCUGAAGAAGAUCUUCGACGCAUUUCAGAAUGCGACGGAUGCCCAGAGGACGUUCCGGGAGAUCAUGUUCCUGCAGGAGGUCUCCAACCACGAGAACAUUAUCAGACUGCUGAACGUAUUGAAGGCGGACAACGACCGCGACAUAUACCUGGUGUUUGACUACAUGGAGACGGACCUGCACUCGGUCAUCCGGGCCAACAUCCUGGAGGAGGUGCAUAAGAAGUACAUUAUGUACCAGCUGUUCAAGUCCCUGAAGUACCUGCACUCAGGAGAACUGCUGCACAGGGACAUAAAGCCCAGUAACCUGCUGCUCAACAGCGAGUGCCAGCUGAAGCUUGCAGACUUUGGUCUGGCCCGCUCGCUCUCCAGCCUGCUGUCCGAUGAUGGAAGUGUUGCGGUGCUCACGGACUACGUGGCUACACGAUGGUACAGAGCUCCUGAGAUCCUUCUGGGCUCAGCGCGAUACACCUAUGGAGUGGACAUGUGGUCGAGCGGUUGCAUCCUUGGUGAGCUCCUUGGAGGCAAGCCCAUUUUCCCUGGUACCUCCACAAUGAAUCAAUUGGAGCGCAUUACGGAGAUCACGGGUCCCCCAACUCGUGCAGAUCUGGAUGCCACACAGUCAUCAUUUUCAGCAACGAUGAUCGAAGGGUGCCGGUUUGCGCCACAGCGUGACUUGCGUGAGAUGUUCCCAAGUGCUUCUCGCGAAGCUGCUGAUCUCCUUCGCAAGCUCCUGCAGUUCAAUCCAAACAAGAGGAUAUCUGCUGAGGACGCUCUGAGGCACCCCUAUGUGGCUCAAUUCCACAAUCCCUCCGAUGAGCCGACUGCCAUGAGGUUGAUCACCAUUCCGAUCAACGACAAUACCAAGUACACCAUCUCUGAGUACCGUGACACGUUGUACUCCGAAAUCGUUCGCCGGAAGAAGGAGAUGAGGCGAAAAAUGAAAGAAAAGGAGGCGUCAAGGGCCAGGCACAGCCGCAGUAGGUACAGGUCGGGAACGACCCAGUCGCAUUCAGGGACCUCAGGGAGGUAA